UCGCGAGAUGUUGGGGUUGGUGUUACGAUUAGGAUGAAAAACAGCGUUUCUAGCUAGAAUGAAUGCAGCUAUGGAAUCAUUCCCGUGAAUGUUGGGAUUAGAAUUAAGUUUAGGGGUAGGGUUAGGAUAGAACAGCGCUUAUCUGGCGAUAUUUCACGAUUUUGGCUGUAUCUGUAUCCCUUCUAGCCACAGUGAGUUUAUGUGUAUGACGUAUUAAAUACGCGACUGAAAUAUCACACGUGAGCGGCUGUCAUCAUGGCGGUAGUCUGUUCAAAAGGAGACUGGUUUGUUUCAAGUUGUUCUAGUACUUUAUUUGCAAUAAACCUUAAAGAAACUAGAGAUUUGUUUGUGUUUGACUGCGCAAAAGCAGAGAAGAGACCAAAGGAGGCUGAUGGCGAUGAUAAAAGUAGUGGAGGAGGAUCAGAAGAGAAAGACAGUGAUAAGAUUCUUGCAUUUGCUGUCUCAGCGUCUGGGAAGCACGUCGCACUGACAGAUGACCACAAGCGUCUGGUUCUCUUCAGUACCGAGCCAUCGUGGCAAUGCAUUAGUACACGGUGGGUUGUGCGGAGAUGCACAUCUCUUGUAUUUACCCAGACUGAAGAUGAAAUCUAUGCGGCCGAUAAGUCAGGAGAUGUGUAUUCAUUUUCUGUUCUGGAGCCACAAAAACCAGGAGAGCUGAAGCUGGGACAUCUCUCCAUGUUAUUGGCUGUGACUCUCUCUCCAGAUGAUAAGUACAUCAUAACGGCAGACAGAGAUGAAAAGAUCAGAAUAAGCUUCCGCCUCCAACCGUUCAACAUUCAGGCUUUCUGCCUAGGGCACAGAGAAUUUGUCAGUGCAUUGCUUGUGCCUGCAGGACAUCCUGACUGGCUCCUCUCUGGUUCAGGGGAUGGGACAAUGAAGAUUUGGCAUUAUGAGAGCGGUCGACGGUUGCACAGCCUUGAUUUGAAGCAGCAUGCCAUUUCACACAAAUCUGAUGAAGACACAGAAAAGAGGUUUGCUGUUAGCAGGAUUAUUAGCUCACCAAAUGGACGACACAUAGCUGUCCAGUGUGAAAGGCACCCCUCAAUUCAGCUUUUUCUGGUGGAUGCUGGGACAGAGGUCUCCCUAAAUCCUGCAGAGACGAUCGAUCUUCCUCAUGCACCAUGGGACAUCACCUUUGAUUCAAAAAGCCAACUGUGGGUCUUAAUGGAAACUGAAGACAUAAAUGUGCACCUAUAUAGAUACUCAGAACAGCAUUGGGAGCUUUGUGGAAAUGAAACACCUGAACUGAUGAGAUUGACUGAAGCAUUAAAGGAUCAGUGGAAUGUCUUUAAAGGUUCAGUGGGACUGGAAAGUCAGUUUAAACACCUAUACAAGGUGAACUUUGACAACAUGGCAUCAUAUUUACAGAAGAAACAGGAAAGGCUUGAACAGGAAAGCAAAAAGAGAGCAUCUGCAAAUGGCUCUAAUCCCAGAAAGAAAAGUAAAACAGAAAGUGACUCUGUGCCCCAGACCACCAGCUGA